UAGCCACUCGUUGCCAUUUACCUUGCUCGCUUCUCAGGUAGUUGGUUGGUGAGGCUGUGCCGCUGCAUUAAGCUUGCCAAGGGCGUGUCAUUCACCUGCAAGUCUGCCUCGAGUCUACGAUCAAGCUUGUAGCUCCCGUCGCGUUGUCACGCUUGUUUUCCAUCCAUGCUGCAGCUCUCUUCCCAUCAGCAGACGUCAGAACAACCAGCGCUAUCCCCUGGUCGAGCUUUGCGAACAACGUUCCGCUCGGCACUCAGCCCUCCACCUGGUCCCCGCCAACCUGAAGCUCCAAGGGAAAUCAGCCUUGACCGGUGCCUCGAACUCUCCCCCACUGCUGCGGUUGGUUUCAUCGGCCACUACGAAUUCCCCACGGUGCUCACCAGCCACCUCUUUCCUUUUGGUCGCGCGCUCCUUCCCGAACCCUACCCUCGGCCCAUUGGAAGGUUGUCAACUUCGCGUCGGACUAGCACUGCCUCUGGCAUCUACAGCUCGAAGGAAUCCACCGCGCACGAGGCAGAUCGCGAACUUUGGAUCUUCCUUCACUAAAUUUGGCAAUCUUUGGCUCAACUGCAACAAUCGCGCCUCUUCUGUGCCUCUCUGUACCGUGUCUCGUUAUCUUGACGAGGAGCAUCGCCUUUCCAGUUGCCGCAAAGCUCUCACUACUAGCCGCCAGGCGGCAACUA